AUGGACUUUAAACAGCCUUAUUUUAGAAAAGCUUACGAACUAACAAAAUCCAAGCGAGAAGUCAAUUUAAAUGCAGAGCAGCUAUCUAAUACCUCGUUUGAGCUUGCUCCUUAUUCAUCAACAGAUAUUGAUUUGAAUGAUAACAACAGAUGAAUCUAUGUAAUUGGUGUUUUGGGAUGCUUGAUUGGAAUUGUCAUAAUUUCAGUUGGAGUUUUAGAGCUUGUUAAGGACAGAAAUAAAACAGGUAUGGCGUAUUAUUGGUCAUCAGGGGUCGUUUUCUUAUCUGUUGGUAUUGGAUUCCUUUAUAAAGGAAUCAAAGCAAAAUAUGAGAGCUUAAUAUAA